AUGGCUGCUCCAGAAAGUCCACAGUCGACUCACUCCGGCUCUUUUGAGCCUGUAGAUUUGCUCACAGAGCCCCAAUCCCUCGCGCGGGCAGUACACGCACGCCGCCCCGAGUACCUUCGGCCGCACAAGAUUCGGGUCAAGAUUGGCACCUGGAACGUCGCGGCGUGCACUGGGACAGACAAAGAUCUUGAAAGGUGGUUUGUUGGUGGCCAAGGGAUCGAUAAGCACUUUGCCACCUUGGACCUGUCUCGAAAUCCUGCUGUCGCACACCCUGAUUCUGCCGGUGACGAGGACGACCCCGACGCUGUCCGUCUUCUUGGCGGCAACGAUAUUGGGCUGUAUGUUUUGGGCUUACAGGAAGUUGUGGAUUUGAACGCUACCAGAGAGUACAUGAAUCGGGCCGUCAAUGUCGACAGCUCGCCGGUUGGCAAGUGGCAAGCUGCGCUGGAAGCUGCUAUGCCCCCGGGAUAUCAACGCAUCAUGUCGGAGCAAAUGACCGGCUUGCUCCUCUUGAUUUAUGCAUCUCCAGAGGUCGCUCCAACCAUAACCAACGUGAGCACGAAACAGGUCGGCACCGGUCUCUUGGGAUAUUUUGGGAACAAAGGCGCCGUCACGUCUCGCCUCGUUCUUGGAGAAACAACUCGCAUGGUAUUUGUCAACUGCCAUUUGGCUAGCGGCGCUGGCUCCAGCUACUUGGAUCGAAGAUGUUGGGAUGUUGAUCAGAUUCUUGCCAAGACGAAAUUCGAUCCUGUAGUGCAUGCUGGUGUUUCCGAGGACGACGGCGAGACGAUUGGUGACGAAGAUUUUGCAUUCUGGUUCGGUGACCUGAAUUUUCGACUCGACGGACUUCCCGGCCAUGAUAUCAGGAGAUUGCUAACGCUCCACACAAGAGGGGAGUACGCUUUGGGCGACGACCAUACACCUCGGCCCCCAGAAGGCGAGGGGAUAAUUGUAAUGCGAGACUCUGAAAGCGAUGACGAUACCACGAUGAGGUCUUCACUUCACUCACGAGAUCAGAGUUUCGAUUCUGAAACCACACUUCCGGAUCCUGGUGAUUUCCCAGAAGACCCGAGCCAGGACCCAACGUCUCUUCAAGCGACACUGGACUCACUCCUCCCUCACGAUCAACUUCGGCGAAUGAUUGCACAUCGCAAGGUAUUUCACGACGGAUGGAGGGAAGGGCCCAUUACAUUUUUGCCGUCCUACAAAUACGACGUUGGAACUGUGGGACUCUUUGAUUCUAGUGAAAAACAACGAGCCCCGAGCUGGUGCGACCGAAUUUUGUAUCGAACACGGAGGGAUAAACAAGCCUUUGACGCCAAAUUGGCCGAAGAGAUAGCGGCUAAGAAAAAGGACGAGGAAAUGAAAUCCAGAGGUAUAGAUGAGGACGACGACGUUCUCUUCAGCUAUGACCCCGACACAGACGGGGACGAGCAAGCUGAGGUGGCUGCGUAUGACUACGAUGAGUACGACGAAGCACAGGAUGAUAUCCCCAGAGAAGUUGUGACAAAAGAGGGCUACGUGGACCGGAUUGCUCUUGACAUUUAUACGUCACACCAGCGCAUUACGUCGUCAGACCACAAACCCAUCAUCUCCGUCUUCUCCCUUGAAUAUGACGCAGUUGUGCCAGAGUUGAAAGCAAAAGUUCACGCCGAGGUCGCCUGGGAGCUUGACAGAGCUGAAAACGAAGGGCGCCCGGCCAUAACUAUUGCCAUGGAAGGGGGCAAGUCGGGUAAUGAGAAUACUGUUGACUUUGGCGAUAUUGGGUUCUUGGAGAGAAAGUCGUCUGUUUUUACAGUUGCGAAUACUGGCAGUGUCCCAGCAAGCCUUUUAUUUAUCGAGAGUCCCACCACGGAUGAGGUCGAUUCGACAUCAUUGACUUGGCUGACCACAUCGUUUCUCCACCCAGACGAUGAUGAAGCCAGCGAUUUGGGCAAAGAAGUCACGCUAGAACCUGGAGAGACUGUCCUGGCACAUGUUCAAGCCCAAGUCUCCGAUAUUUCCUAUCUCCGCGCCUUAAAUGAUGGCCAUGCCAAGAUGGAGGAUGUUUUGGUGCUUCGGGUAGAGGACGGCAGAGACCAUUUUAUUCCGGUCAAAGGUGUCUGGCUGCCAACUUGUUUCGGACGUUCCAUUGACGAGCUCAUCAGAGUGCCUGACGGAGGCAUACGAAAGUUUCUAGCUGAGAAGGAUAUCAAAGGGGCCAUUCCCUAUGAUUCCGACAUUCGAUGCUCAGCUCCGAAAGAAAUUUUCAAGUUGACAGAGGCAAUCCAGACAUUGGUGGAAAGGUGUGUUGCCGAUGAAGCAAUGUUGGAAUCCAUGACUCUGCCUCGGGAGCCGGGUUGGCCUUUUGAUUCGUCUACUUGGACACCCGGUUUGAAAGAACAGGAUGAGACGAAAGCCGACCUCGUGGCAGCUUUGGAUAACGACUCUUCCAUUACCGAGGUAUUGCCAGUAGAACUCUCUUCUCCACAUAAAUUGGAACUGCUAUCUUCGAUAUUACUGUUGUUUUUAGCUUCAUUAACGGACGGCCUCGUUCCUCCGAUCCUGUGGGCCAAACUGUCCACGUCAUUCCCGAAUUUGACGUCUCUUGCCCCCACGGCGUGGGCUGACACAAAGAUGCAUAUUCUCGAUAUAUUUUCUUCCGCGCCUAAUCAUAAUAUUGCUUUUGUCUUUUUAACUUCUACACUGGCCCGCGUAGCUACAGAGCUGAGUCCAGCAACGUCAGAACCUCUCUUGCCGGGUCUAAGUCGACGAUUCAAUUUCAGACGGGGAGAAGACGACAGCGAGAAGAAAAGGAAAUUACGGGAACGGAAAUAUGCUGAAAUCAUUGCUCCUCUCGUAUUCCGGACAAACGAUAGAGAUAAGACGGUGAAGGAAAAAGAACGGAUUGUUGUUGAGAUAUUCUUGAGCCGCGAGGCUGGAGGUUAG